AAUGUGGCAAUCGUAAGAAAAACCUACAAAAGAUAGCACCGCUCACGAUCGGCCCAAUUUUUCUCGACCAUUUCAAGUGUCACCUCUGAUCAUCCGACUAUGAAAGAUCAGUAGAUGUUGGAUGAAAAAUUAACUAUACCCACGUACAGACACUCCGAACAAAUCCGUCAACCCUUUGAGCCAGUUGAACGAAUCGAUAAUCUUCGAUUAAGAUCAAUACAACAAAACUUUGAGAAGAAAAGUAAUUGUGUCAGUGAUCUAAAUUUGAAUCUUCUAAUAUAUUUUAUUAGAAAAUUUGAUCUGAAACAAAAGAAGAAGCUCGUGGAUCUAAAAUUUUCGGAAUAAAAGUGAGAAAAUUUCAUCUAUUCCGUGAUAAAGGAAGGAAGCAAUAAAUAGUGAAUGUCAAGCUUCUAAUAAAUAUUAGAUAGUUUGAUCUAUAAAAAGAGAAGAACAUCGACCUGACAUAAACCUGGGAAAAAUCUUUCAUUUCAAGAGGCUACGAAAUUUGAAAUUUGUGUAAAAUGGCAGGUUAUUUGCCCCCUAUGUACGUACCCUCCGAACCAAAAUGGAAGCACUGGCCCACCUACAUCUACGACAAGAACUACAGCUGUGGUGUCAAUUAUUAUCAACCUAUGCUGGAUUACAUAGAGCGGCAAGGUAGAAGUAAUUAUCGAAGUUCAAGGAUGUCAGAACCACCAGAGUUACCCUGGUCCGAUGGUAGAGUUUUAUGGGAGGACAAACCCGUGGAACCGUACUCGAGGCACGAGCUUAUUAGACGAGCGAUCGACGCUGAAGAUGAAGCUAGGGAUCACCUGUCCCACUUCAAGAUAGCGAAUCGCUCGGACUUCAGCUUGUCGAAGACAGCGCAGGCCAGCCACGUGACCAGAGAGGUGUUCCCACGAAAACUCGAAGAAGUGCGACUGAGAUCGUUACCGUUACUGGUGCAGAGCGCGGUUGUCAGGAAUCGGGCUAGACAGAUCCAGCGAGACAUGGCCAACAUCGAAUUCCAGUCCCUCAAGGACAUUCAGAACAUGUCCGAGGUGCAGGACGCCCUUGAUCAUGGUAGAAGUCUUCGAGGUAAAUCCGCCAAAGCGAUCGAGUUCCAUUUGAGGGCCGAAGCGUUGAAGAACCUGACCAGGAGUCAAGAGUUGGCUGACAUCAGAAAGUAUCAGAGAGAGAACAUGUCGGUUUUGUGGGAUGGCAGGGACCAUCUGAGGCUGAUGGAACAGAGGACGAGGAAUCUGAUCGACGAAGACAAACUGACUGCUCCAUUGAACAACCUGAGCAGAGAGCUGAGAGGAUACGAGGAGAAGUCUAGCAACUAUUUCCUGAACAAGAGGUUUUAUGGAAGAUCAAGUGUUCGGAGGUGGAACGAGGAAUGCUGAGAUAUUCUGUACAUGCAACUAGCACCCUUUUCACGUUUCUGUCGUGGUUACAGGAAUGGUAAUGCUUUUCAACUAUGUGGCUAAACUAACUGUAUCUUGGAACGUCUAAAGCUCAAGGGUCAUUCUAAUACCUUAUAUUCUUUUGGAAUUACUAACAAUCUUCCUCGAGCAUUCUUAACCGUUCGUCAACAAUGAAUUUAGGGGAAAGUUGUAAUAUACCAACCACCCUAAGUUCCUUUCACUGUAACUUGAGCUAGUCUCGGUAAAAAUGAAAUUUUAAACAAGUGAUUUGUAGUACAAACGAACAAAAAAUUUUCAUUGCAUAUAAAUUAUCAUAAUUUCUAAGAUAAUUAUAAUAUUUGGUUGUGGUUUUACUGAUUAUAGUCAAAAGAGUAGUGAUUAAUUUUGUAGAGAAAAUUUAGAACAAAAUAACUUUUAAAUAUAACUACACGUUAAUAUUCAUUCAUUUGUUUUUGUAAAUACAGCUAACUAAUGGAAGAAUCGAGGACUAGCUUUAGUGAUACUGCACGAUUCCCUCCUAUAUAUUUUCAGAGAUAAUAAUCAUGAUUUUCCUCCAAAAUCGUUUCUUAAUCGCCUGGAAACUGUAAUAUCGCUAAGAAAUCCUAUCAAAAGAACCAUUGGGACAGCGGUUUAUGUUCAUACAAAAUGAAUAAAUUAGCAAGCAGACCAGUAUCGAGAUCGAGCAGCUGAACGCCCGCGUGGUCGAAGCGGAGACGAAGCUGAAGACCGAGGUACAACGCGUGAAAAA